AUGAACACUCCCACGUCUCGGAAGCCGCCAACUCGUCAUUCCUUGCGUGGAGGAAGACUUGUGCACGCCGUGUGCACGGCUGUGGUUGUCAGUGUCGGUGAAGCCCUGUUUGCUGGUGUUGAAGGCGAGCGCGCCGUGCGUGGCCGCGCUCAUCGCGUAGAAGAGGCGCUGUCAGGAUGCAUUGAUCGAGAACGUCGUGCGCGCAUACGCGCUGAGAAUGGUAGUGUAUCCGUAGUUGUUGAGAAUUGCUGCAAAACCAACAUCACGCUAAAGGAAUCGGAUGGAUGUGAAAAUCCUCCCGAUUUCGAUGCCGCUCUUCUUGGUGCAGUCGACCCACUGACGUCUCAAAAUCCACCAUCGGAUAGUGUUUUUUCAGCUUUUUCUAGCCUCCUCCCUCCCCCACAUCAAAACAUGCAAACUGACGCCAGUGCUGCUAUUGCUCCGUUGGUCAAGACAGAGAUGCCCAGUCCGAAGACAACUGGGGCGGAUAACUCUCUAUUUACUAACAAUAUAUUUCUAACUCCUUCCAAUUUGCAAGCGGUUGCAGCCAUGGCAGCUGCCCUCACUGGCCUUGCCAUGAACAACCCUCAACCACCACCACCACCUCCUGUUGAAGUCGUUGAAGAUGAUGCUGCGGAGAUUGCUACAGACACAGAAAUGCAUUCUAAUGGCUUUGACGAGGCUCCCAACACACCCACCUCCUCAACGACAACUGCAGAGGAGAUAAUCCGUACCGGACGGACAGGUGAGGAGGAAUUGGUUUCUUUCCCAUUCGAUGAGGUGCAAUUCCGUAACGAGCUAGCUGGCCAACUCUCAGCCGAGGUCAUUAGUCAGUUGGCGGAAAAGAUGCACAAAUUUUCCUCAUACGUGAUUCGAAUCCUGGGGAAGGAGAACCAUCGUCGCGUACCACAGUGUCCCGAAUGCGAUAGAGUCUUCUCCUAUGGACUACCGGACUUCAAGCGACACUUGCUAGUCAUUCAUCUAGGUGCACCAAGGGAGCAUUUGAAAGACCUCCUGCGGUUUGUACGUUUUCCUAAGAUGGAGACUGCUUUCUCCGACAAGCAGGAGCAAGCGGCGAUGCGGCGAAUGCGACCAAAGGAGAUCGAACCAGGCGUUCGCAAAAUUCCUCUUCCCUAUUCCAUUAACAUUCUAAGACGCCUUACGGAAGGCCUUCCUGAGAGUACACGCGAAUACAUAGCUACAAAAAUGCGUACGUACAGUACAAUGUCGGCUAUUUACGAACUCAAGGCGGGGCUGAAGCGGUACAAGUGCGGCCACUGCUACUAUUCCUCCCCACACGCUUUAGCAGAUGUACGGAAACAUAUUCUGGGCUCGCAUUGCGGCAUUUCGACAAAACACUUUCGGUUCUGCUUACAGGCUUCACGUUUGGAUCACGUUGACUUCUGUCUCCUGUCUGAUGAGAAGUUGGCCAGGUUGGCCCAGGAAUUUCUUACACGAAGACAAGUAGAAUCGGCUGAAAGUGAAGCAAGUAGUAGUGGAACCAGCAACAAACGCCCACAUAGUCGUACACCAUCUCCGGAAGCUCCACUAGUCACUCCACGCGAACCAGAUGAAAACGGGAUCUCAAGGUUCACGACAGUGAUCCCGGGCUCAAAGAACCCUGUCAAGGUGCGCAUUCGUGGACCUGUCCCACCAGGAGAAAAUGCAGCAUCUCCACCACCAAACUCUUUCUUGAAUACUUCUGUUUCGGCUAAUAGUGCUUCACUGGAGCUUUCAGACCUGCCCAAGAUACCAGGUUUAGAAGGUGCGAAUCAGAUUUUGGAUCUUCCUUUGCCAUACUCUGAACCUGUGCUUCGCCAACUAUUAGAAAAUGCGGGUGCACUCCCACAUCAAAUAGAAGAGAUGUGUACCAAAAUGCAGGUGUACAGUUCCAAAACAAUGACCCGUAUAUGCCAGGGUGAUCGGACACUGGCCUUCCGAUGUUCAUGCGGACGACUUUUUGUCACCACACGUCAGCCAGAUAGCAAGAUGCGCGCUGCAACCUUGGCCGAUAGUCGGCGCCAUGUAAUGGGAGUACAUGCAAGAAUUCCUCACGAAUACAUCACAAUUUGUUGUCAGGCCUCGCGAAUCAGCCGAGAGAAUGGUUUCCAGCUCUAUCCGGAUGAAAUGUUGCAUCGGCUAGCCAUGGAUCGACCCAUCAAACUCAACAGUCCCGACGCAAUUUCCACACCACAUAUGCAUCGUUCACCCUCAAAAGGGGGCAGUUCGAAGUUAGGAUCCCUUCCACCACUGCGCCCACUGGCGGAUCUAUCUGGGGACAACUCCGAGGAUGAGAAACCGAUAAUCAACAGUCGGCUGAGUCUUCCCAUUGCAUUCCACCCAUUAAGUGAUUCAACAUCCAACGGGGGCGUCAGCGGCGGUGGUGAUGAACUGGAGGAAAACAUUGAAUCUGAUCCGAUAGACACAUCUGUUGUCCUGUCCUGUCUCAACGAACAGUCUCCAAAAGAUAUUGAGCGCAUAAUUGACUUGCCUUAUUCAAAAACAGCCUUGCAAGUUCUCGUACGGGGCUACUGUCCACCCAGUUACUUCGGCAUUCUUCUCAGAAAAAUGCAAGUGUACACCGCAUACAAGGUGUUCGUUACCCGCCGUAGAGGAAGACGGUUCUUUUGUUGUUCCGGUUGUAAUUCUGUAUCUCCUCACGGAAUGGGUGACAUUCGGAAGCACAUUCUGGGUGUGCAUGCCAAAGUCCCGGAACGUUACAAGGCUGCUGCGAUGCACUGUUCACGUUUAAGUCGUGAGGAUAAUAGUCUUCUGAACGAUGAAAACCUCCUUCAGCUAGCAAAAAUGAAAUGGAAAGGUACCGUGAUUAAGCCUCUCUCGGAAAUUAGUAUGACGAGUAGCUUAGUUAUAAAAUCGGAGCCUUCAGCGUCUGACACUCAAAUUCCACGACAUCUUCAAACUUCAGUGAAUAUAUUACCCGAGGAUUCCCCAAUGGUGGUGCUUUCGGCAACUCCACACGCUGUAGGCGAGCUCUUUUCCUGUUCGGCUUGCACAGUAGCCUCAACAGACUGCGCAGCGAUGCGUUCACACGUGGCAAGGGAACAUCUGGGUGCACGGCCCUAUGAGUGCCCCCAGUGCCCGGAGACGUUUAACCUUUCCGCUGAUCUGAUCAGUCACUGCGCCGCUGUUCACUCGGACUGCACACCGGUCGUUCCACCACCUAUUUUACCCGCCUCCUUUCGGGAGGUCAUGUCUUCGGUGAUGGUGAAUCACGAGGAGGAGCCUCUUUCACCUACAAUCGCGGGUGGAAAGGACGCUGUCGCAACUGAGGACGAUGAGAUGGGCAAACUCUGGACCUGUUUCAACAGUAACAACAAUAACAACAGCACCAUCCAAGCGGAGGUCCCUUCGUUUCUCUCUCUUCCUUCCUCUAAAUCUCUCCCUCCCGUGGACGUAAAUGGCGUUAUGAUUCCCUCUCCAGCCGUUUUCCCCUCCCCACUUCCCUUGGCCACUGGGCAGUUCGAGGCCAGACCGGUCUCGAACGGAGUUGGAUCCAGCCGAAGGAAGCCUUGUAAAGCCAACCUCGUCCAAUUAAAGCAACCAAAGACCUUCCUCGAGGAAGACACUCCGUAUCCCUGCUCCUCUGACAGUGGUGAGGCAGUUAGCAACUCCAAAAAGUCUCGAUUGGAUGAUGUUGCGGAGACUACCGACCUUCAGUAG